AUGGCAGAGUCGCUGGCCCCAAACGACGUGGGUGGCAUCUCCGUCACCAAGCUCUUCAGCAGCGAUAGCACCGCCGCGUUGGGUCAGCAGCUCAGCUCCAUCUUUUCGAAUCUCAAUAGCACGCCGAAUGACCGACAGCAGCGCGCUGGGGAGUGCCUCAGCGCCUUGACAGACACCCUUUUCCUUCACGAAAACGAGCUUGGCGCGAACGAAUCGCUGCACGAGCGCAUCAUUGUCCUCAUCGACGGCACCUUCUGCACCUCCGUGGACAAAGGAUGUAGCUCGUUCCGCGUCGUCUUUGACGUGAAGUGGAAGGAUCAGCACGAGAAGAGGAAUCGCUGCUUCGUACUACUGCUGAGUCGCGCAUUCAAGUGCACCACACCGGAGGACUGCCUGAAAGUAAUCCAGUGCAUCGGCGAGGUACUCGAGGACAACAUUCGCACGACGACAGAUCUUUUAGCAGAUCACGUGGAGCCGCUCCUCAGAGACCUCUUCGCGGCUGACGUGCACCGCCGCACCGUCGCGUGUGAGGUGCUUGCCAAAAUCGUUUCGACGACAACCUUCAUCAUUAAGCGAAACCCGACACUGCUGGAGCUUCUUACAUCAUCGUGUGCGCCACUGGUGACACUGAAGGAUGCGAUGGAAACUCGCAACCUGUGGCACCGCACGGCGCUCAUCCGCCUUACCUCCGCUCUCGUGGAGAACUGCUACGAGGUGACACCGGCAGUGGCGAAGGACGUGGCUGACCUCGUCUUUCGCUACAUGCGCGCCGCGGCGGAUGAGUCGCAGCUGGUCGGCGUUCUCUCCGCUCUCAUUCACGUUGCCGUGACGCCAGCGUUUGUUUCGGCUCCGUGGGAUUUGCCACAGCUGGUGUGCUUUCUCUGCGACACGGACUGGUCCGUCUACGCCGUCGCCACUCGCGUCGCCGCCGUCGCUGCCAUCAAUAAAGUGGCCGUUUUUAUUUGCCAAGAGGAGAAGGCCUGCUACGAGGCGCUGCGGACGCGUUCGCUGGAGUUCAUCUCCUCGGACGACGCUGUGGAGGUGGUGACGGAGGGGCUCGAGCUUUUAAAGGAGAUGGAGGUGUUGGAGAGGGAGCUUCACUUGGGGGGCGCCGUGGUGAACGCGCUGUGUGCGUGCAUCCAGCGGCUGCCCCACGUGCCGAUCAUCUAUGAGUUGCUGGAGCUCAUUCGGGAACGCUACAGCGAUCUCGAGGUGAAGUCGAUCUAUUCCCUCUUAGAAGGCUACCUCGACACCAAGCAGGAGCUACUGAACUUUGGCAAGGUGAACGCGCUGCUGCGCUUCGCUGGGCCGCGAAUUCGUUUGGACGACCCAAGGGUCGCACAGCUUCGCAUCAACGUAGGCGCCAACCAACCGGUUCCCGUGAUACUGCACUCACUGCCGCUGCUCACAACGUUACAGCGGACGGAGCAGCUGCACGAGGUGCUGGAGAUUCUCUCGCACGACGACCGAGGUGUGCGGCGCGUCGCUGUCUCCACAGCGCUGGAGCUGUGCGAGAUUAUCAUGGAGCGCAACAAGUUUCGAAACGCCACGCAAGAGGGCAGCGCGCAACGCAUGCAGUGGCUCGAUGAAGAAGUCAGGAACGCGGUGGAGCGUGUGCUCGACGUCGCCGUGGCGGAUCGCGACCCGGGGAUUCGGCUCUGGGCUCUGCAGCACCUUACCGUGCCUUUCUUCCCGUACCUGUGUCUUUGCGACAACCUGGAUGCCAUCUUUAUGGCACGCAACGACAACGACAAGGCAACACGGGACCAGGCACUGACGCUGCUGUGCCAGCUGCUCCCAUAUCACCCGACGGUUGUGCAACCGCAGCUGCAGCGUGCGCAGGAGUACAUGCUGCACGACGUCGCCACCAUGGACGCGUCCGUUUCCUUUGCGGUGUGCAAGGCCGGCCUGCUGAAGAUGUGUGUGGACCACGAUGCCCUCCUCAUUGAGGGGAGCACUGUCGAAGCGAUUGUGCUGCGGCGGCUGGAGGCGCAGCCCUUCAUCUCUCGAUCGCUCUCCAUCGCUUUGCUGCAGCUCAUUCGCUCCAUCCUGGAGCGCACAGCCUCGCAACACCACUCCGACUUCCACUCGUUUUUGCGGCCGCUCCUCCUCAUCGUCAACGGCGGCGACUCGUGCACACGCCGCCGCGAGGCGUUGGAGACGCUGACGGCCUUCAUCAGUCACAUCACCAAGACGGACAUUUCAGGGCUGAGUGAGGUGUACCGAGCGGCCGCCCGCAUCAUCCGCCGCGAGACGGAAGAGGAGGAGUCUGUGACGAUCGCUGCCAUGAAGGUGCUCAGCUCCAUCGGGGCUGUGACCCCGGUGAAGAUGCGCCACGUCUUCCGCAUGGUGGAGUCGGACGAGAUGGAGGAGGAGGAGGUGGUGGUGACGCCGGCGCUGGCUCACUGCAAGCCGCGGCUGCGCAUUUCCACGGAUAUGCCGGAGCGCUACCCCUCCGUCGUGCUGUACUACCUCGUUCGCUCGCUGCAGCUUGCGUUGGAUCCGAAGCAGCAGGUGGACACGCUGGUAGCGGUGCGGACGAUGCUGCACGAUGUGGAGGGCAAAGUCGAGCUCAACCUGCUCACCCAGCUACUUCCGCAGCUGCAGACGUGGCUGCGCGACCCGGAGCGUGCGUUUCUGUACGAGACUGUGCUGGGCCUGAUGAACGACCUCGCCAUUCUGCUUUGUCAGUUUAAGGGGACCGUAGCACCAUCCGUCGGCUACGAGCUACUCCGGUCUGUGCAAGCCUUCUGUCUUCGUCCGCAGGCGAGCCAGAAGCCUUUCAGCGCGUACGUUGUGCAGCUGCUCGACAGCCUGGCAAAGGGCAUCCCGGCGCAGGAGAUGCGGGACAACCGGUGGGCCAUCGAGUUUAUUCACCAGCGGCUCUCGCAGAACAAGAACGACCUUGACCUGGUGCACCGCGUUGUCAAGUCCCUCGAGUCCUUCAUUGCAGUAAUGCACGAGAAGGAGCUCCAGAUGAUCCUGCCCCACGUGCUGCAGUGCAUCGAGCCGGCGAAAGCAUCUCCUGGCGGCAAGCUCUCCAAAUCGAAAGACAUCAACGACGCCUGCUUUGACUUCUUGAACUUUGUCAUGGCGAAGCAGCUGACCCUUGUGAAGCACUGCUGUGCGCAGAUUGUGCACACCAUCAUGUGGUACAUUGAGCUAUCCGACAGCAAUGAAGAGAUGGAUGUCGGCCUAAACACCCUUGCAACGCUGGUGGACACGGUGAAGAUGCCGGCGAAGCGAUUUAUCAUGCCCAUCGAGCGCGUGGCGGUGCGCAACGGCUUCCCGCCGCAGUACUUCGUGAACCUUGUGCAGAGCGCUGCCGGUGGUGCAAAGACACACAUGACGACGUCUAGCGGCACAGGUCUCAACCCGGACCGCCCCAUUACGCUGGUGUCACACCUGCCGCGUCUGUCACAGGCCGAGUUUGAGCACGAGAUGCGUAGCACGCCGCGCUCGGAGAACGUUCUCAUCGACGUGCUCGACGUCCGCCAUCACCACGGCCAGACCAUGAUCGACUUCCGCUUUCACCCCGGCACGGACACGGCGGCGUGCUGCAACCUUUUCAGCCGCAAGGCCACCGACAACAAGUCUGCCAUGCGCCGCAAUUUGGGCAUUCUGCGCGUGGAGCAGACAGAGGAGAGAUCACGCCCGGUCGGGGCGGAGGUCAUCAAGGCACUGGCGAACUUGCCGGUGGCGAAGACGAAGAAGCGAGAGCAGUCCUGGGUGUUGUGGCUGCACAACGCUACGGUGACGCUUCUGCGCAAUUCCCCGUACGCCGUGCUGCGGGACACCUGCGCCGUCGCGGACCGCAACACGGAGCUGGCCAAGGAUCUUUUUCCCUUCGCUGUGGCGGCCGUGUGCGGGCACCUCGAGACGCCGCUGCGGGCGCAGCUCAUGGACAUUUUUGACCGCGCGCUUGCUGCGGCACCUGCCGACGUGAAGCAGGGGCUCUUCUGCUUUGCCGAGUUCAUGGAGAGCGAGCGCGAUGACGACCGCGUGAAGCUUGUCAAGGCGAUGCGAGAAAGUGUGGUCAGCGUGGAUCGUGAGUCGACCAGUCAGAAAUUCGGCAUCAACUACGACCAGGACCCGGAACGAGGUGUUAUUGUGACGAAGCUCGCUCCCAACGGCGUCGGCGCCCGCGCCGGUGUUCCGAUCGGGGCGCAGCUGCUCGCUAUCAACGAUAUCCCGGUGCGUGCGGUCAGCGAUAUUCGGGGCCUCAUUGAGGGACUGACGCACAUUGAGCUUUUACUGUCGUACGAGGUGGAAGAGAAGACGAAAUCGAAGCCGAAGCCGCUCAUGAACUUGGAGGUUCUGGCGUCGGUCGCCUUCAGUGGGGAGAUGCACAUCAAGGCCAUCUACUUCAACGAGGUGCUCUUCGAGAGUCUCUCCAGCAAGAUCUGCAAAAUCGCGGACCGCAAGGACAGCCAGAUGCGCCGCGUCAUGACGAUUGCCGAGGAUCUAAUUCAGUACUACCGGCACUUGAACAUGACUAUGACAGCCAACGGGCUGCUGAAGACACUCACGCGCAAAUUUUCCGAUGAAAUCUUUGCACCGGAGCAGUUCGGCUUCGAGGAGAUUGCAUCGUUGGAGCAGCUGAACUGGUGGAGCGAGGCGCUGCGGCGAUACGAGGCGCGCAUGGACAGCUUCGGCACCCGUUGCCUCGAGGUGGCGUCGCUUGUGGGCGUGCUGCGGUGUGAGCAGGCGUUGGGGCACUCGAGCCGCGUGCAGGAGCUCGCCGAGCAGUACUGGGAACAGCUGCCGGCCGACGCGCAGCGCGAGGUGGCGCCGUUCCGAGCCAAAGCAGCCUUCUGCCUUGGGGCGUGGGACACCUUUGAUGCGCUGGCGUUAGACAAGCGCAUGCAGAGUUGCUUCGGCGUCGUGGAGCGCUGCGCCGCGCUGUUUCGGGCUGAGUGCCACGACGAGCUCUUGCGGUACACGGACAAGGUGCGCGAGUCGAUGCUCGAGUCUUUCGCCGACUCGCUGAACGAGAACUACAACCGCGCGUACGAGGGCAUGACGCGUCUGCAGCACUUGCGCCAUUUCGAGGAGCUCGUCUCAUUCACCACGGCUUGCGAGGAGCGGCAGGCGCUGCUGAAGCGUGUGUGGCAUCGCCGGCUCGUACAGAUGUCCUCCCGGCCUGACGACCUCAUGACGGUGCUCUCCAUCAACUCCCUUGUGCUUGAGCCAGAGGACGACCUGCACUCGUACGUGUAUGUCAUCCGAUGCCUGUGCAAGUCGCAGUGGUUCUCCCACGCGGAGCACCUCUUGCAACGACUGCUGCGUGAGAACGCCUCUCUCGAGGUCCUAUGCGAGUGCGACCCGGAGCUGAUCCACACCUACAUCAAGUAUGUGUACCUCGCCAAGGACAAGCACGGAGCGUACGUGGAGCUGAAAAACAUCCUGUCCGCCGUCGAGGUCGACCCCGAAGACCCGCGAGCCGAGAUGUGGGGGCAGUGCUGGCUGCUGCUGGGCGAGUGGACCAUGUAUCUCUUCCCUGAGUGCGGCGAGGAGGCCAUCAAAGAGCUCAUGUGCGCCACGGAGCUGGGCCCCAACAGCGCCGCCGCCUUCCAUUCGCUCGGCAUCCUGCACUGCGAUCUCGCCCGAGACCCGAGCACGCAGGGCGAGGUGCAGAACAAUCACCUGAUCUGCUGCAUCAACUCCCUUUUCAAAUCCAUUCAGCUCUGCAACGACGUACCGGGCAGCCUCGUGAUGCAGGAUGUACUACGCAUUCUCUCCGUCUGGUUCGCCAACAGCGGCAUACGAGAGAUCAAUGAGGCAGUGCAUCACGGCGUGCAGGUGGUGGCGGACCACGUAUGGCUGAACGUGGUGCCGCAGCUCAUUGCCCGCAUCGGCAUAGAGGCCCGCUACGCCCGAGCCAUCCUGACCGACUUGCUCAUUCGCGUAGGGUCACAGUACUCCCACGCCCUCAUCUAUCCUCUCACGGUGGCCGAGAAGUCGCCAGACGCGGUGCGGCGGCACAUGGCAGAGCGCGUAAUCAUGGGCAUGCGCGACAUCCCAGAGAACGACCGCAUUGUCAAGGAGGCGUCCUUGGUGAGCAACGAAAUGGUGCGCAUCGCCAUUUUGUGGACAGAGAAGUGGCACGCGGCGAUUCAGCAGGCGGCCUACAAGCCAAACAACACGGCCGCUAUCUUCUCCAUGUUGCAGCCUCUGUACGCGGAGCUCGACCGCGCCUCCACCCCGAACGAGCUCAGCUUCAGGUGCAACUUCGGGCAAACGCUGCGCCGUGCCAAGGUGGCGCUGGAGGAGGCAAAGACGGACGAGGCGUGGGGGUUCUUGCGGCAGGUGUACGCGCAGCUGCGCCGCGGCGUACUAGAGCGUCGGCUGUACAUGAGCGACGUGUCUCCGACGCUGGAUGGCAUUCAAGACAGUAUUGUGGCAGUGCCCGGCACCUUUGAGCAUGACAAACCCCUCAUCACAAUCCGCAAGUUCCACAGCCGGGUAUACGUGAUGCCGUCCAAGCAGAAGCCGCGCCGCAUCGGCCUCGACGCGUCUGAUGGCAAAAAGUACCGCUUCUUACUCAAGGGCCACGAGGAUAUGCGGCAGGAUGAGCGCGUCAUGCAGUUCAUUCGGCUCAUCGAUACCAUCUUCCAGUCCGAUAACGCGGCGAGCGCGAUUGGGCUGAGCAUCCCGCAGUACGCUGUGAUACCGCUCACCGACAACGUCGGCGUCGUCGGGUGGGUGGAGAACACAGAGACGAUCUACAAGAUGCUGGAGACGUACAGGCAGGCACACGAGGUGUCCGUGUACGAGGAGGUCAACCUCAUCAUGAAGAAAGGUGGGCUGGACACGAUCGAAGACUACCACCGGCUACCGAAGCAGCAGCGAAAGGCGCUGCUGAACUACGCGAUGGAGAACACGCCAAAGAACGAGCUGCGCCACAUCUUCUGGGACCACAAUGACACGUGUGAGCAGUGGCUGAGCUACCGCCAGACCUACGGCCAGACGCUGGCGGCCAUGUCUAUGGUCGGCUACGUGCUCGGCCUCGGUGACCGCCAUCUCAACAACCUGAUGCUGCAGGGCAAUGGGACGGUGGUCCACAUCGACUUUGGCGACUGCUUCGAGGUGGCCAUGCAUCGCGCUCUCUACGCCGAGGCCGUUCCGUUCCGCCUGACACGUCUGCUGGUGUGCGCUCUCGGCAUCACCGGCGUAGAUGGUCUUUACCGCAUGACGUGCGAGCUGGCCAUGAAAAACCUUCACCGCCACAGCGAGAAUCUGCUGUCUAUUCUCGAGGCCUUCAUCUACGACCCCAUCAUCAACUGGCGACUCAACACAGUAAACGAUGUUACAGAGAAGUCGGGGUCCAAGUCGGCGCAGCAGGAGAGCAACAACGGCGGCACCGCUGCUCUCGCAGGCGAGACGGCUGCGGCGGCCUGCUUGGGGAUCGACAACGCAGCGCAGGCGGAGGCCAAACCGGUUGCGAUGCAGCUGUCCAAGUCCGUUUCGAAGCCGGUGCCGCACUCCGCCUUGCCAGGGGAGAGCCAGAUGUUCGAGAAUGGGGAGGAGACGCGCAACCAGCAAGGAGACUUGGCCCUAGCACGGGUGCAGGCGAAGCUCACCGGCCAAGAUUUUGGUGUGAUAAACAGCUCCUUCUCUAUGAUGCGCUCCUCGCGCCGUCUGGAGGCUGGUGGCUCCCAGCCGCAGGGGUCAUCGUGGGGCUCGAACAGUCUCGCCGGCUUCACCGACUCGCCCAAGGACUCGUUCGCAGCGCCGCUCCUCACCACCUACCUCUCCCUCCGUGUGCUGAACGGGGGUGCGGAGAGCCUCGACGUGCCGCACCAGGUCGACCGCCUCAUUCAAGAGGCGACAAGCCUCGACAACCUGUCAGACGCGUUUCUCACCGGCUGGGCACCUUUCUGGUAG